UUUGUGCAGUUCUUCGUGCGCUCCGUCCCCGACGCACAGGUCAAGACCUACAAGUACAUACUCAACUCCCUGCUCACGCUGCUCGAGACCAACUCAGUGAGCAUGCACAUCCCGGGCGAUGACUUGCGGCUGCUACUGGGCUUGAACGCUCCUUUGCUGCUGCUGCUGCUGCUGAUGCUGCAGUGCCUGAUGACUCCUCGCUGCUUGAGCAG